UUCGAGGGCAUCGACAUGGCCUGGCCCUACUUCCUGGACUGCGACCGCUUCUUCGUCAGCGACCAGGAGGGCUGCUAUGACCCGCUGGUGAUGCUAAGAGCAAGCCAAGAGACCGCCCUGGCCAGAAUGUCACCUGAGGAACCAUCUACCAUCAUCCAGUUCACCUACCAAUCAAACGCGCAGAUGAUCAACGUCUUGAAGAAGACGGCGUCGAAAUGCUCGGACGUCGCCAGGACGUACAGUAUUGGCCGGAGCGUGGAGGGGAAAGACCUUCUGGUAAUCGAGUUUUCAGAUAACCCUGGCCAACACGACCUGUUGGAGCCGGAGGUGAAAUUAAUCGCGAAUAUGCACGGGAACGAGGUGCUGGGCAGGCAGCUUCUCAUCUACCUGACCCAGUACCUGUGCUCAGAAUACCUGCUGGGGAACCAUCGCAUCCAGACCCUCAUCAACAACACCCGCAUCCACAUCUUCCCGUCCAUGAACCCUGACGGCUACGACCUGGCCGCGGCAGAGGUAGAGGAUAACAGUGAUCCAGAACACCAGGAAGGUCACGUGUACAACGGGUGGACCAGCGGCCGAGCCAACGCCCAGAACAUCGACCUGAACAGGAACUUCCCGGACCUGACCUCCAUUGCUUACAGCCGACGCAGGAACAAGCGCUACCGCACCGAUCACAUCCCAAUCCCAGACUCUUACUGGUUUGGUAAGGUAGCUCCAGAGACAUAUGCGGUGAUGAAGUGGAUAAGGUCCAUCCCCUUUGUCCAGUCGGCCAGUCUGCACGGAGGGGAACUGGUGGUCUCAUAUCCGUAUGACUUCUCCAAACAUCCGCUAGAAGAGAAGAUGUUCUCUCCUACUCCAGAUGAACAGGCGUUUAAGCAGCUGGCCAGGACAUAUGCAGACGCACACACCACCAUGGCGGACAAUGACACGGACCGGUGCGGAGCUUCCUUUGGCCGUAAGGGCGGCAUCAUCAACGGCGCUCUGUGGUACAGUUUUGCAGGAGGCAUGUCAGACUUCAACUACCUUCACACCAACUGCUUUGAGAUCACUGUGGAGCUGGGCUGUGACAAGUUUCCUGCCGAGGAGGAGCUGUAUACGGAAUGGAAGCGCAACAAGGAGGCGCUCCUCAGCUUCAUGGAGUCGGUACAUCGAGGGAUUAAGGGCAUCGUGAAGGAUGAACAGGGCAACGGGAUCAAAGGAGCCAGCAUAUCUAUUCGAGGGAUCAGACACGAUAUCAGGACAGCUGAAGACGGGGACUACUGGAGACUGGUGAACUCUGGGGUACACAUCCUGACGGCCUCCGCGCCAGGCUACACCAAGGUGAUGAAAAAGGUCUUCCUGCCAGCACAGAUGCAGAAGGCCGGCCGCGUGGACUUUGUGCUGAAGAAGGCCGUCCUGGAGCCUGAACAGGUGGACUUUCCUGCCAUGGACACCUACGACCGCUUCGACCCGUACAACCAGUUUGAGCGCUACUCCCUGAGCGAGCUGGGGGAGAAUGGGGAGGACAGACAGGAAAAGCCCUGGUGGUGGGGCUACUUCACCCAGUUCGGAGAAUCCACACCCACCUGGCUCCUGAGGAGCUAUUAGCCCCUAAAUUCUUCAUUCCUUCACACACCUCACAUCUCUCUCACACACACUGUCAGUCACACACUAACACACUCACUGACUCACACCGUCACUCACACAACAAUAUUACUGCCACCCACUAGUUCACCAUCAGUAUUUCAGAAUUUAGUAUAUGCUCUUAUUUACAGAAAAUAGCUAAAUAGUUUGUACAUCCCACUCAGUGGUUAUACAAUGUUACUUAAGCAAUUCAGGUUAAGUAAUAUUCUCAGCAGUAGACCUGUAGCAUCCCAGCUGGGAAUCAACUCCACAACCUUGGGUUACAUGGCCAGUUCCCUAACCUUUAUAUCACUGUGUCACUAUUAGUUUUUCUGUAUUCCUGCGUCAAGGUAGAGCUCAUGAAAUUGUAUACUGCAGAUCUCCUUCCUUUCUCACAGUAUUACUCACGAAUGCAGCUGUAUAAAUGGCCAUGGUAUAUUUCUAAAGGAUUCUUGCCAUUUUCACUGAAGUACAAUGCAGGGGAGAUUCUUCAGUCUUUAUUGCUCUUGCUAGCCGCCCGGGUAGACUUGUUUGUGACACGAGAUACAUUCAUUUUUAAAUGCACAAUUUUCAUUGAUGGAGACACAGAUCAAAGUUUUGUAAUGACAGUCUUUGGAUAAUCUUCACAAUUAAUUAUGAAUUAGUUUAUGUUCAGAUUUUUACAGUGUCCUUCACUUACUGGAUGUUUCGAUACAAAAAUUAAAGUAUUAUGCAAGGUAAAAAAAAAAGUUUUACCAUGACAUGGCAU